UUCCGCUUCUGCUUCCGGUUGUAGAGAGGAGGCGGUGUUUGUCGUCAUUGACGUGUACUGGCUCUUUUACAGAUGCGCGAGCAGCAGGAGUGGACAGCUGAUCAUCCAGUGAACACUAACUAGGGUUCUCGAAGAAACUUUAGCUGAAAGAUGAAGCAGUGCCAGGUGUCCUGGAUCUGACAGCAGCAUCAUCACAAAGAGCAGUGGUGAUGGCUGCAGAUAGAGGUGUAGUGGAAGACUGGCUCUCAGAAUUCAAGGCAUUGUCUGAAACGCAGCUGUCUGGUUAUGCUGGAAUCCUCCAUCAGAGAAAUACUCUGGUACCAGCCCUCUACAGUGUCAUUCAGGACCCUGACAGUGAGCUCCUGGAGCCUGUGUGCCAUCAACUCUUUGAGCUGUACCGCAGUCCAGAGCGCUGUCUGCGCCGCUUCACGCUGCAGUUCCUGCCGGAGCUGGUGUGGGUUUACCUGCGCAGGGGCAGACACGGCAGCAGCUGCAUAGAGGCUCUUCUGCUGGGCAUCUACAACCUGGAAAUUGUGGAUAAAGAUGGAAACAGCAAGCUGUUAUCUUUCAUGAUCCCGUCCCUGUCCAAACCAUCCAUAUAUCAUGAGCCAUCUAGUUUGGGUCCCAUGGGUUUGACUGAGGGAGCUCUCUGUCAGCAUGACCUGAUCCGAGUGAUCUACAGUGGUCUUCACCCGCAGAGAGAGACCUUCACUGCCCAGAACAGGUUUGAGGUGUUGUGUUUCCUGAUGUUGUGUUAUAAUUCAGUGGUGGUCUACAUGCCCCCCUCGUCAUACCAGGCCGUCUGCAGAAUGAGCUCACGGCUGUGCGUGUGCGGGUUUCCUCGGCAGCAGAUGAAGGCAUGGACGGCUCCCUGCAUACGUGUGGUGUUGGACCCAGAGUUCAUGGUACAAAUGCUUACUGCUGUCUAUCAUGCCAUAUAUAACGGGGAGUGGGAGGCUGGGAGAGAGGCUUUGGAUGACAUCCUGUACAGAGCUCAGCUGGAGCUGUAUUCUGAGCCGCUGCUGCUGGGCAAUGCCAUGAAGAGCUCUCUGCCUGACAGCGCGCCAGACGGAUCCCAGGGGAAGAAGAUUCUGCAGGUGGAGGUGACUCCCACCAUCAGCCGAAUUUCCCACUGCACCAUCACAGCUGCAUCCAUCCGCAGACUGCGCUGGAAGAGAGAGGAUUGUUUUGACUUCUCAAGUGAUGCAGAAUUCAGCCUCACCAUCUGCCACAGCCGACACGCCCCCCAGGAUCCAGCAGCCAAUCAUGAGCCAGGAGGGAGGGGCUCUCUCACAGUCACACAUGAGGAUCCAGAUCAGUUUAGCAGAGAGGAAGAGUCCUUCGCCCUGAACGAUCCAGAUGAGGGCUUCUCGUCCGGAGCGUCCAAUAGCAGCCAGCCUAGCGGUUUCCGUGGGAACACAGUGCCAGGUGUGGCCGGCCAAGGGAGCAGCUGUAAGAAGAGCCGCAUGUCCACAGAGAAACACUCGGACAGUCGGAGGAGAGCCCAUCCGUGUCCAGCCACAGUGAGCAGCAGCACCUCCUGCACGACUCUCGACCGCAGGCCAGCCGUGUCUGACGUGGGCUCGACGGCGGCUCGGGCUGCAGAACUGAGCUCUGGUGCUGAAGCUCGCAGAUACUCCAAGCUCAGCCUGCAGGAGCAACAUCUGCCAGAGACAGAGCUGCUUUCACCCAAACAGCCCCGAUCGCCCAGUUUCAACAUGCAGAUCAUUUCACAGGUGUAGAACUGCCGCCUCCAGUUUGACCGUCACUUCAUAAAAGAAUAAUUCACCCUAAGAGUGGGAAUUGUUACUGUUUACUCUUCUCUCUUCAUUCCAUACCUGUGUUGUUUUCUUUUUUUCCAUGAAACAUAAAAGGAAUGUGGCUGGCCAAUCCUGUCACAUGGCUCAGCAGGAUUCAUGUGAAAACAUGACCUGGGAAAAGGGGAGAAUUGUGUAUCAAAAAUGGUCACACAAAGGUACAAAACAUAGUGCACCGGUCACAUACAGUACUUCCCUGGUGCUUUUUGGAAGGGAAAGAAAGUCAUACAUGAUUGGAACGACACGAGUAAAUUAUAUUUGAACUAAUGGUGCAUUCCAUUUGUCCUCGGAAGUGGGAAAGUCCUAGUUUCAGGUAGGAACUUUUAACUGGAACGCCCUCUCAAGUCAGAGUUGUGACCGGGAAACUUGGGGGAAGCGCAACAACUCCGACUUGAGAAUCCAAGAUGGCUGCUCAGCACAUCAACUGUAGUCAAACAGUAGUAAUAUAUUGUUUUCAUCACUUCUGUUAGUCUCUGUGUCCAUGACGCUUGGCCAUUAUCUGUGCACGAUUCCACUUUAAUGUGUUUGUAUUCCAAAAGAGCAAGCGCAACAAAGGUUUACCUGGACGCGUCCAUCUUAGUUUUCUGACCUGCGUACCGGAACAUGGUCAGCUCAGGUGUGGCGUCAUUCCCAGCUCCGACAUCCCUCUCCCGAGGUAAACGGAACACAGCGUAAUCCCUUAAAGCCCAAAGCACCGAACGGACGGAUUCGAGCGCUCCAGACGGGAACGUGAAGUGUGGAUUCUGAGAUGACAAUCAGCAAUAAAUUAUCCAUAAUCAUCCAAAAGAUCUGAAUGUGUUACUGUCGUGUCUCACAUGUUCCUCUUGUUUGGGUUGUUUUUAUGUCAAUGUUUUGAAAUACUUUCCAUAGAAUUCCAUUCCAAAAAUUGUUUAUGAUACAAACCUGUAUUUUAUUUUUACUAUUCCUUGCAAGCUUGAUUUAUUUAUUAGUUCAUGUAUUUAAGCGUAGAUGGCCUACAGAUUCUGAUCUUUCAUGGUUGUUCUCAAGAGUAUUUUGACCUAAAUCAGGGAACAGUCAAAAUAUUAGGAGAUUUCUUGUUUAACUGUAUGUGAAUUAUGUAAAAUACUGUACUGUCUGAUAAUUCAGUCAGAAGACAACAUAAUGUAUAUGUGGGCGGUCGGUGGUGUAGUUUGAAGACAUUUUAUCCAAAACCAUUUCUGAAAAGUUUCAGUGCGGUUCAUAAUCUAGAAGUCCAUGGAUGCGCAGUCAUCUGCUGUCAGCAUCACAAUCACAUCACUGUCUUCAUGGAGAUGGUCUGCAGGUCAGGCUGUUCUGGGACUAAACUCGAGAAAUGUGUUUCCCAAGUGAAAUCAGACAUGAUCUUUGUUUGUAUAGAUGGCCACACAGGCCUGUACUAUGAUUAAAGAUCAGGGGAGCGUCAGUGUGUCACAAAGAGAGAAGAACCUCUGGCAAAACACAAAUGUAACCAACAAAACCUGUGGUGUGCUGCUGUUGUGUGUUGUCAUGUGAAUUAUAUCUGCUGUAUCUGUCUGCCGACUCUCUCUCUGGUCAUAAUGUGACAUUACAGUGUGUGUGUGAGAGUGUGUGUGUGUGUGAGGUCUGUCUAUGUGCUUGAGUGUUUCAGCAAAAUGUGGAUCUGUGUCAUGUAUUCAUCUGAGAUUUUCCAGCGUCACAGCUCGAGGUCCACUGCAUUCAUGAUGGUGAGGGAGGUUUUCUGUUUUUUUUGCUUUGUUUCAGCUUUUACACACACACACACACAGCUGUAAUGUGUCUGUUAAUGUCAGCAUGGCAUAAAACUUGUGUCUCAUUUUGUUAUGUCUCUGGUGUGUAUGGUGGUUGUUGUAAUCAACACUGAGUUCCCACUUCACACACCAACGCUAAAAAACAACAUGAGAGAACAAACUGUGAAUAAACAGAAAAAAAAAAAAACA